UUUCAGGUCAUCUGAUCAGGAAGUAAACAGUUUGUUUUGGCGCUAAACUUCCUUCCUUGUUAUUCCUCUGAAACUUUCCUCAGCUUUUGGAAAUAUGGCCAGCUUCCAUCAGAAAAUAAAAACAAGCGUACCGGAAGAAACCAAGAGCAGUCUGACUGAAAAAGAUUUGCAGAAGUGGGGUUUGCAAGGGAUUCAGUUGCGAGCCUAUCAGCUGGACGGAGUGCAGUGGCUCACCCAGUGCCUGGCCAACCAGCAGGGAUGUAUCUUAGGAGAUGAGAUGGGCCUGGGCAAGACCUGCCAGACCAUCUCUCUGCUAUUGUACAUGAGAGGGGCCCUGCGGCAGGACGGGCCGUUCCUGGUCCUCAGCCCACUGUCUGUCAUGGACAACUGGAGGAGCGAGAUGGAAUGCUUAUCCCCCUGUCUCAAGGUGCUGUGUUACUAUGGAGACAAAGACAAGAGAGCAGAACUGCAGAGGGACAUGAACAACACACACUACCAUGUUCUGCUAACUACAUAUGAGCUCUGUAUCAAAGAUGCCUCAUUCCUGAAAAGGAGGAAGUGGAAAGUCUUGGUAGUUGAUGAGGCUCACAGACUGAAGAACCAGAACUCCCUGUUGCACAAAAUCCUGAUGGAGUUCUCUCUGGAUUUCAGAGUGCUGCUGACAGGAACUCCUAUCCAGAACAACCUGACGGAGCUCUACAGCCUCCUAUCGUUCAUCCAGCCCAGUCUCUUCCCCACAGACCAGACCGAGGACUUCACUAGCACUUACAACCAGGUCCAGACACAACCGACUCUGGCCAGUGAUCUCCAGAGAGUGCUGCAGCCCUUCCUGCUGAGGAGGGUGAAGGCUGAGGUAGCAGCUGACCUCCCCACGAAGACAGAGAUACUGAUGUACCACGGCCUGUCUGCCCUGCAGAAGAGAUAUUAUAAGGCUAUACUCAUGAAGGACCUGUAUGCCUUUGGGAAUGAGCAGGGAAACAAGACCAGACUGCUUAAUAUACUGAUGCAGCUCCGGAAGUGUGUGGACCACCCCUACCUGUUUGAUGGUGUGGAACCAGAGCCGUUUGAGAUGGGGGAGCAUCUGAUCCAGGCUAGUGGAAAACUCUGUCUGCUGGACAGCAUGCUGGCAUACCUGCACCAAGGGGGACAUCACAUCUUGCUGUUCUCCCAGAUGACCAGGAUGCUGGACAUUCUCCAGGACUACAUGGAAUACAGAGGUUACAGAUAUGAGCGUCUGGAUGGCUCAGUCAGGGGGGAAGAGCGUAACCUGGCCAUCAAGAACUUCAGCAGCAAAGACGUCUUUGUCUUUCUACUCAGCACUAAAGCAGGAGGCGUUGGGAUGAACCUAACAGCAGCUGAUACUGUGAUCUUCAUUGACUCUGACUUCAACCCCCAGAAUGACCUGCAGGCUGCCGCUCGCUGCCACCGGAUUGGUCAGACCAGGGCUGUGAAGGUGAUCCGGCUCCUGGGGAGGGAUACGGUAGAGGAGAUUGUGUACUCCCGGGCAAGUUCUAAGCUCAGCCUUACCAACACAGUGAUAGAAGAGGGGCGUUUCUCUCUGCUUAACCACACCCACUCUGCUGCUGCCGGUCUGCAGCUCAGCGAGAUCCUGAAGUUUGGAGUGGACAAACUGUUGUCGUCAGAAGAGAGCUCCAUCCAGGCUGUGAACAUGGGUCUGAUCCUGGGUCAGUCUAGAGACGGGGAGUGGCUGACUGAUGAAGCCCCCACCCAGACCAAGGACCUGCCCACAGAGGAGGGAGAAUCUGAGGGACAGAACCACAUGUACUACUUUGAAGGGAGGGAUUACUCCCGGGAGGUGAGCUCUGAGGACCAGAGGACCUUCAGUCGUCUCCUGGAGGAAGAGGCAGGAGGAGGAGGAGGAGAGAGACGAGCGACACGACACAACGAUGAAGUGUGUCUGUCCGGGCCCCUGUUGGCCCCCAUGAGGAAGAGGAAGGCCUUGACUGAGACUGACCUGAAAGAGAGGGAGGAGGCUGCAGCUAAGAGGGCCAGAGUACAGGAGGACAAGAGGAGGAGAUUACAGGAGAACAAACACAGGAAGAAGAUGGCAUGGUGGGAGUCCAGUGGGUACAGGUCCCUGUGUUUACCCUCUGUGGAGAGCGAGGAGGAGGAGGAGGCUGAUGACCUCAGUGUGACCUCUACAGAUUCAGAACACUCUGCUAUUAGCUACGUGUUGGGCGAUGUCACACACCCCUACGCCAACCAGGAAGAUGCCAUCAUAGUGCACUGUGUUGAUGACUCUGGCCGGUGGGGUAGAGGUGGUCUCUUCACAGCAUUGGAGAACAGGUCAGAUGCACCAUGUAAACAAUAUGAGCUGGCUGGAAAGAUGAAAGACUUGGAGCUGGGAUCAGUGUUGCUGUUUCCUGUGGAUGAUAAACAGUCCAGACUGGAUGGCCAAGACCAGGUGGCCCUGAUAGUGGCCCAGCAGAGAGCCAGAGACAACAGCCUGUCAGGGAUCCAUCUCUCUGCUCUGGAAGAAGGACUCCAGAAAAUCUACAGGGUUGCCAAGACUAACAAGGCUAGCGUCCAUCUCCCCCGAAUCGGCCACUCCACCAGAGGGUUUAACUGGUAUGGAACAGAGAGACUCAUCAGAAAACACCUGGCCUCCAGAGGGGUACACACCUCCAUAUACUACUACGGCAGGUCUGUCUCUACCUCUGCUUUAGGUACAUCCACAACACCCUCCACAGCAUCAGCCUCAACCUCCAAGGCCUCAGCCUCUAGCUCCAAGACCUCAGCAGCAUCCCCCUCCCCAACCUCCGUCUCGGUCUCCCCCUCUCCUCCACACUCCCCCCCAGUGCCACAGUAUCCUGGCCCUGACUCAGACAGGGAGAGUGAGGAAGGAGAGACAGCCAAUCAGAGCUCAGACAGAGGGAGUGAGGAAAGAGAGACAGUCAAUCAGAGCAGCAGGACCCCCAGCCCCUCUGGACCUGCUCUGCCUGACUUCAUGAGAGGAGUUCAUGUGUUCUUCUACAACCUGACAGCCUCAGACAGGAAGAGACUGGCCCGCUACCUCAUCACAUAUGAAGGAGAUGAGGAGGAGAUCAUGAGUUCAGAGGUCACACACAUUGUAACAGAGCUGGAGAGUCCUGUCCAAUCACAGGAGCUCCAGGAGCUGAUUGGUCAGCACCCUCAUGCACUUCCUGUUCAGAAGACCUGGCUGGAGGCCUGCUUCUCUAGACAGAGACAAGUCAACACCACCAAGUUCCUGCACUACUUUAAAUGAUGUAUCUCUUCAGUACUAUAACACGCAGGUGAUGUGAGCCUGCAGGAGCCACGGAUCAAUUCCUUAUGCAGCACUCCCUUUCUCCCGCUACAAUACUACUUAACAUACUCAACUGAUUACACUGAAGUAGAGAACAUUCCUUUACUCUGCUUUUUAUUUGUAUACAUGUUUAUCAAUUAUUUUAAUGAAAUUUGAAAUGAAAUGAAAUUUGAAAUUUUUUAUGAAAUUUGAAAUGUAUUUUGGUAGUUGCAGGCAGCCUAGUAGUUACAGCGUUGGGCCAGUAACUGAAAGGUUGCUGGAUCGAAUCCCCGAGCUGACAAGGUAAACAUCUGUCAUUCUGCCCCUUAGCAAGGCAGUUAACCCACUGUUCCCCAAGCGCUGAAGACAUGGGUGUCGAUUAAGGAAGCCUCCCCCCGCACCUCUCUGAUUGAGGGGUUGGGUUAAAUGUGGAAGACACAUUUCAGUUGAAUGCAUUCAGUUGUACAACUGACUAGGUAUCUCCCUUUCCUUAUCAUUCCGUGUUCUCUAUAUCAGUGGUUCUCAACGUUUUUCAGAUACUGUCCCUGAGGUACCCCUAUGGCUGGGAACUAAUGCUGUAUAUCUGACCAGGUACCACUCUAAAGUGAUAUGUUAUGGAACAGAGAGGUGGGGCUUAUAGAAAAGGGGCGUGGCAUGAUGCUCCAGCUGUAGAGGUCAAUGAGGUAUAAAAGAACUGGGAACUGCUUCCAAGAUGGACAUCUGUUGUUUUUAAUGUAAUCUGCUCAUGUUGGCAUAUGCUGUUUUGUGGUCACUCCCAUCUGCUUGACAGAGCCGGUAACGCCUGAUCACUACCCGCUGUGUGCACUGGCGCUAGCAGCAAUGACGUCAUCCAGAAGCAUUGCUGCUAGCGCUGUGUGCACUGGCGCUAGCAGCAAUGACGUCAUCCAGAAGCAUUGCUGCUAGCGCUGUGUGCACUGGCGCUAGCAGCAAUGACGUCAUCCAGAAGCAUUGCUGCUAGCGCUGUGUGCACUGGCGCUAGCAGCAAUGACGUCAUCCAGAAGCAUUGCUGCUAGCUCUGUGUGCACUGGCGCUAGCAGCAAUGACGUCAUCCAGAAGCAUUGCUGCUAUCUCUGUGUGCACUGGCGCUAGCAGCAAUGACGUCAUCCAGAAGCAUUGCUGCUAGCGCUGUGUGCACUGGCGCUAGCAGCAAUGACGUCAUCCAGAAGCAUUGCUGCUAGCUCUGUGUGCACUGGCGCUAGCAGCAAUGACGUCAUCCAGAAGCAUUGCUGCUAGCUCUGUGUGCACUGGCGCUAGCAGCAAUGACGUCAUCCAGAAGCAUUGCUGCUAGCGCUGUGUGCACUGGCGCUAGCAGCAAUGACGUCAUCCAGAAGCAUUGCUGCUAGCUCUGUGUGCACUGGCGCUAGCAGCAAUGACGUCAUCCAGAAGCAUUGCUGCUAGCGCUGUGUGCACUGGCGCUAGCAGCAAUGACGUCACCCAGAAGCAUUGCUGCUAGCGCUGUGUGCACUGGCGCUAGCAGCAAUGACGUCAUCCAGAAGCAUUGCUGCUAGCGCUGUGUGAACUGGCGCUAGCAGCAAUGACGUCAUCCAGAAGCAUUGCUGCUAGCUCUGUGUGCACUGGCGCUAGCAGCAAUGACGUCACCCAGAAGCAUUACUGCUAGCGCUGUGUGCACUGGCGCUAGCAGCAAUGACGUCAUCCAGAAGCAUUGCUGCUAGCGCUGUGUGCACUGGCGCUAGCAGCAAUGACGUCAUCCAGAAGCAUUGCUGCUAGCGCUGUGUGCACUGGCGCUAGCAGCAAUGACGUCAUCCAGAAGCAUUGCUGCUAGCGCUGUGUGCACUGGCGCUAGCAGCAAUGACGUCAUCCAGAAGCAUUGCUGCUAGCGCUGUGUGCACUGGCGCUAGCAGCAAUGACGUCAUCCAGAAGCAUUGAAUGAUUAUUAAAUGUUCAGCUGUCAGUGAUGGGAAAACAAUUUGUUCUCAGACAAUUAUUAGAAAAAAAAGCACUGGAUAUUUUUGGCACAAAGGUGAUAAGAGUGUCUUUUUAGGAUUUUUUAAAAAUUGGACUUCUAUGGGGAUUGUCCUGUUGUGCUUUGCUCGGCUUGGUAGCAACACAACAUGGCAGCAGCAAAAACGCAAUGUGACCAACAGGCACAACCACAGCGGUCCUUGCUAUGCUAUCUGGAAUCCUUGGGACGUCCACAACCUAACUCUUUUACCUUUCAGAUUACUGGAUGUUAUUUGGGACAGCCCAAGGAUCCCAGAUAGCAUAGAAAGGUCUGCUGUGGUUGUGCCUGUUGGUCACAUUGCGUAUAUAUAUAUAUAUAUGUGUGAUGUAUUGUUGUCUACGCCCAAUAAUGUUUGUACCCUGUUUUGUGCUGCUGCCAUGCUAAGUUGAAGUUUACAUCCACCUUAGCCAAAUACAUGCACCAAAGUACGUUCAUAUCUAGGAGACAGAACGAGUCUCCUUCCUGAGCGGAUUCAUGGUGUUUAUACAGAUGAAUGAGGUACCUUCAGGCGUUUGGAAAUUACUCCCAAGGAUGAACCAGACUUGUGGAGGUCAAGAAAUACAAUUCUGACAUCUUGGCAGAUUUCUUUUGAUUUUCCCAUUAUGACAAGCAAAGAGGCACGGAGAUAGAAGGUAGGCCUUGAAAUACAUCCAGUUACACCUCCAAUUGACUCAUGAUGUCAAUUAGCCUAUCAUAAGCUUCUAAAGCCUUGACAAUGUGCCAAGCUGUUUAAAGGCACAGUCAACUUAGUGUAUGUAAACUUCUGACCCACUGGAAUUGUGAUACAGUGAAUUAUAAAUUAAACAAUUGUAAUAAAAAAUUACUUAUGUCAUGCACAAA